AUGUUCUUUACUCGUGCUACUCUCAACUCUUUCACCCAGGCUAUCCGUGCCUCUAAGAUGGCUGCUCCUAAGCGCUCCAGCUCUCUGGUCCUGGCCUACAUUGCCUUUGGCACCGUUGCACCCUUUGCUCUCCCCAUCAAGGCUGCUGUUUCUGCACUGGAUACAAUUGAUGCAAAGUUUUUGUUAAAGUUUGAAUAUGGUUCUGAAGUUGGAGGAAAAUGUAUUUGUCGAAUACUAGGGGCAUAUGGUAUUGAAAAGGUUUUUGAGAAAGAAGAUGUGAUGGAACCUGUAGUGGAGGAUGAUUUCUUGAAUCAAUCAAUGGAUCAGUAG